AUGCGCAUGCCUCUAUAAGGAAAUAGGCAUCAAUAUGGCGGACCAAGACCAUCUCUCCGACGCUGAUCUUGUUGCCGAACUGCAGAAUUAUGGAGAAAGUAUAGGGUUGCCCCUUAAAGCUGGAAAAAGAUCUAUACUCGUGAAGAAACUGAAUCAUUUCAAAGCUAGAGCCAAGCUUCAGGAUGGUUCUGCGAGCAAAACGGUAAAACCGGUGUCGAGAGCUGCUUCCAGGCCGGCUGUGGCGCGAACACCGGGCAGUUUUGGUGAAGGUUCUGCAUCCUCGUCAUUAUCAAACAAUAAUAAAAGACCUUCCCUUUCUAGAUCGUAUGAGGACAGUCCUCGAACACGCUCUCGAACAAGUCCCCCUCAACUUGAUACCUUAAGUUCAGAUGACAGUGACACUGAACCAGUGUCAAGUCGUGCUCCCCACCACCAGCGUACAGACCCGCAACUCUUACCUGAUCGAAAACGUGGUUCACAGUUUGCGGAUAGCAUACUUAGGACAAUAAGGCGACGCACAGGGGACCAAUUGCCAACAAGACAAAGUGCAAGAAUAAGCAAUGAGGUCUUUGAAUUAAGUGCUGAGAGAGAAAGGUCAAAGCUGGAUCAUUCUUUUGGUGGAGGUCAUGAUGACUCUAGAUUCAGAAGUUUGGAAGAUGAAGAAAUACCAGUCCCAUCUCCUGCUCGAUCAAGACUUUAUCCAAAUAUUAAGAAGUUCACAUCAUUCUUGUCCAAUUCACAUGACAAUGAUAAUAAUUUUGAGUCUUCAGACUCUGACCUUGAUGCCAGCACGUAUGAAGUGGAAAAUAAAUCUAUUAAUACUUCGUUUCCAUCUCAUAAUUUUUCUGCCAGAGGGAGUUACCUUGGGUCCCCCUCCAGCUCACCUUCACUUGAAUCUUUUCGGCACCGGGUGUUGCCUCGUAGGAGGUUCAGUGGGACACCCAGAGUGCAGCAGUAUAAGUCCGCCUUCACAGAGCACCUGCCACAUUUCCUUAUUGCUGUUGCAAUGUUGUUCUUUAUUGUGUUGUCAGUCACGUAUGCUGUGAAUCACAGAGAUAUGUUCUUCUCAUGGCUUGCCUCAAACAAUAUUGGAUCUGAUGAUGAAUUGUUGCUGUGUCCUGGAGGUCUUCCUGGAGAGAAAUGCUAUACAAGAGGCGAAAUAGACCGAGCGCUUGGCUACAUUAAAACUCUGUUCUCUCAACUCAGUGUCAAGAAAGGUCAAGUAUUGUGUGAAAUGGAAAGCCCUGGAUUUGACACUAUGGCUGCCUCUCAAUUAGAGGGCAAGAUACAGCGAGAAAGCAUUUCAGAAUCUACUGCAUUACGCGUGUACAAGUGCUGUCUGGACCAUAUUCUUGCCAAUCCCCACUGGAAUAUAAGGGCUCUGAGGGAAGAUGGUAGCGUCGCUACGACUGCCAAUGAGGUGAUAAAGCUGGAAUCUGAUGUGGCUACCAUGGGGUUCUGGUGUCGACUCAGAAGGUCCUUUUCUACAGUAUUGUAUGGUGUAUUCCUCUUUUGCACACUGAUCGGCUGUAUGAUGCUGGUCUCCAUGUACAUCAAGUACAGGCUCAGACGUAAGGAGCAGGAACAGAGGGAGGUCUUUGCUAUGGUAGAGAAAAUCAUUGACAUUCUUCAAGAUCACCAUGAACAGACCAAGGGAGAAGACUCCGAUGAGCCUCUGUACCUAGCUGUUCAGCAUGUCAGAGAUCAGUUGCUUCCCCCUGCUCAGAGGAGAAAGCUUCAACCAAUCUGGGAGAAGGCCUUCGAGUUCAUUGCUGCGAACGAGUCCCGUAUUCGUCUGGAGACUCGAUUGAUUCACGGGGAUGAAUUUGAAGUUUGGCAGUGGUUACCGCCUACAUCUCAUAAUGGCAAGAUCUGGCAAGGCCAAGCCUUUGGAGAGAUGAAUGACAGCAACUCAAAUCAAAGAAUGUACAGUCCCACUCCAUGCCUUAAGAUACGCAAUAUGUUUGAUAGUAAUGUGGUGUCCCGACAAGUGGGCGGCAGCGAACAUGCCAGUGAAAGUGAAGACGACUGGGAGGCCAACGUGGUGGAUGCCGUGCUGGAGAAACUCAAGAACAUUGAGCACAUCAUUCACAUCUUCGUAGAUGCGGAGUCGCGGGAGGGCUGCGUCUACCUCAAGUGCUCCAGUCUGGAGGCGGCAGGCAAAGCGAGGCUGGCUCUACAUGGCUGGUGGUUCGAUGGUCGCCUGGUCACCGUUAAGCAUCUCAAGCUUGACCACUACCACAAGCGAUGGCCGGAGGCUUUGAAAGCCUGCAAGCCCCUGCGACCCUCCACCAAUCAAAUGCGCUCCCUGUCUCAACCCUACUACCGCUCAUCGCUGGAAAUGACCUAAGAAUGGCUCCGAAGCUGCAGAAUGCCCUGUCAGGCUUAUCUUAUCUUAGGGUACUUUUUGGCCUGCUACAGACGUUUCUGAUUUCUUGUUGUGCUGUCAAGCAGUGACAAAAACAAAUAAAUACUGGAUUGUUGAUGGGUCUACUGUGGGGGAAAGAAGAGUGUGUCGUACUCUGAGUACUGUGACUGUAAUAUAAACCGUGAACAGAUGAAUAAUAAGUCUGAUGUUUGUCAAUGAAAGGAUUUUUGUUGCAAUACAGAAUAUUUCCCCCCCUCUUUUCUAAGCAUGGUGUUCUCAUAAAUGGCAAAAAGGGGCUUACAUUUUGGCAGCAUUUCUACAUGGCUCCUGUGAAAGUGUUGAAAAAUGUUGCACUGGUAAUGGCUGUCAUGGGUUUUUGGGGGGUUUGGGGUUGUUUUUUCCCCCCCAGACAUUUUUUAAAGUGUAGUAAGCCCAUGUAAAACAUAACCCUGACUUUGUGAUGGUAGUUUUGGAUGGGAUCUUUUUUUUCUUUUUUUUAGGGCUUCAGUUUUAUAAAGGUUUUUUUUUUUUUUUGUAAUUUGUUUUUCUUUCAUGUUUUUAUUUCUUAAGUUGUUCUUAAUUCAUAAUAAAGGAUCUGCUUUGGCACCUUGAGAAUGUGUCAUAAAA